AUGCGCAUCUGGCCCUUCAGACGGCGCCGGAGGGCAAGUGCGGCUCACGAUCAACCGCACGAGCCAUCGCGUGAACAGCCUCCGCGAUCUGACGUGCCGAAACCUGCUGCCGCUGCGCCUUCCAACCCGAAACGCACAAACACCAACAACUCCAACACCCGUCCUUCCACCAAACCACCUCCAUCACCGCCACCACCGCCUCGCCGCAGCAGUCGCAAAGGCAGCCAGCGCCGCAAACGUCGAGCGUCACAGCACGACAACGACAUCCCCGCAGAGAGGCCCGAGGCUGCGAACCCACCGUUACCUCCUGUCACGGCACAGGUCAAGGAAGCCAAGAACAAACAGAACCUGCCUGCGCCUCCAGCACACGCCCGCAAUGUCAGCCGAGAGGACAUCACCGCUCUGCCGUUUCAGGCCAGGCUCGACCAGAGCCCCCAUCUACGCCCCGUCGAUCUCGAGAACCGCCCACACAUCCCAUACAACUUUCGCCCACAGUCCAUCUCCCAGAUCAGCGUCCAGAAUCAGGAAGCCACAUCCACAAAACCGCGGAGACCAAACACCUUGCGCUCCAAGCGAAGCACCCAGGACUACAGUUCGCCCGCCCGAAGAACGUCGAGCAGGAAUUCGAGAAGACGAGAUGAUGCGUUGCGUGAGGAGGAAAUCCGUCUCAUGUCCCAGCCAAUUCCCAUCCCCAAGAGAUCUGGUGGCGAUGGGCCCUUGAGAAGGGAUAGCAAGAAGUUCCGGGGCCUGCUUCCCAAGGAUUCAGAAGUCUCCCUGCCGCCCGAGGGCUCCUUUCACUCGGGCAUGUCGGGCCUCCUCGAGCAGCGAGGUUGGGAGAUUGGCAGCCUGGCCGUGUUCAAUCCCCGUCCUGCCGUGCGACUAUCGGGCACUCCCCAGUAUGUUUCAUCUCAGAGCGUGCCGGGUCAGACAUCUGGCAUGAUAUACCGCAUCGAUUCAACGCGAGGCCAAGAGCAGAAGCCGGCUACAGAAGGCGGACGGAAACGACGAAUCGUGGGCGACGAAGCAGAUGAGCUGGAUGCGAGCGACAUCCGAGCUAUCAUGGAACGUGAUGCAAAACGGAGAGAGCAGCGCCACAGGGACAGGCAGGAGAAGCUUGACCGGAAACUGAAGAGUAGAGAGGGAAGAAAACGGGGAGACAGCGACGGUAGAGGGCAACGUGACGUGGAGGAGCAGAGGCGGAUUGAUGAAGGAAGAGCUCGCGCGCAGCAGCAACUCCAGGCACAGGGGCCCCUGACGCCUCCGGCUGCCAUCCAUCCUGCCUUGAGAAGCCAAGAAUCUGAAAUACAGCCGAUCGGUCUGGGAAUUGGGCAGGCACGAGCACCCUCGCCAGAUGCCAUGGACAUCGAUUCUGCUCGACCGGCGUCUUUUCCAGCACACGAGCAUGCCCCGCAAGGACUCGAAACUCAUCAAGAGGAGGACGAUCAACAGCAUCCUUUCAGUGAUGCUCAGGAGCAUCUCCCGUCUUCACCUGUCGCUCAGCAUCCGCAGACCAUGUCUCACGCCUCCCAUACCGUCGAGUCGCCCAUGGAAGAACCCGAGGUCCGCACUGCACAGGCUGUACGGAUGUCUCUCGCAAACACUCCACCGCUGUCACCAGUCUAUGGAGGAAGUUCUUCGACUCUUCCCGAGGCCUUGCGCCAACAGAGCAUUUCAGCAACAAGUGCAUCUGAUCUUCCUCCACCUCCACCCAUCCCAGUGGAACGACGGAGCUCGGAUCCACCCAGGGAACGAAGAUCUGGCGCCUGGGCUGCUUUCUUCAGACGCGGCGGUACUACAAAGACUCGACGCGAAGGUGCUGUCUCGCCCGCCGAGACUGGCUUCUCCAACACUUCCCGCGAGUCGAUGCGGAAUCAGCCACUACCAGCGCACCUUGUUGGCACUGAUCGACCUCCGGCUGUACGCUCCAGGUCUGGUACGCCCGUCCGCACUCAGAGCAAGUUCCGAGAGGAUCUGCCAGAGAUGCCCAUCUCGCCUCCGGAGUCAAGGCAACAGUCUCCCGAUGUUCCAACUUCUGCUGCAGCAGUCGCAGCGGCCAGGAGGGCCGGCAGGUCGACGCCGCAACCGAUCGAUAUCCCGGGCAGACUUCGAGAUUCCGAUCGAAAUGAUACACCGGUGAGUCGUAGUCAUACUGCCAUGGCGAGCUCUCUCGCCUCCAUCGACUCGGAAGGAUCGUGGCUUGCUAGUGGAGAGAAACGGCAGUCCAAGCAAUCGGCCCUGGGCCGGUCAUACAGCCAGAGAAAUGCCAAUUUCAGCGCCAGCUUUGAGGAGCUUGGCGGUGACAAGGACGCCGAGUACCUCACUCGAAACAGAGAAUCACGCUUGCGCAAGCUGAGCAACCCGGUCUUGAUCGGCGGCUAUCCGGAGGAGGCGAGCGAUGAAGAGGACCCCCUCGAGCAAAUCGAUCCCGAGGCGAGCGAGGAGCCAUUUGCUGUACACGGAAGCGUCAGGAGGAAGCCCACACUGGUGCAGCGUGGCCCACGACUCAAGUCUCGCGAAGGACUGGUCCAGGAGUAUGCAUCUGGCGAGGCGGGAGACACUUUCAAAACACCGCCGGAAGGCAGCCCGGAUGAGGAGUACGAGCCUGAGUCUCCAAUCGCUCAGGAAGACGUCCACCUGGAACACGCGCGAAGCGUACAGUACGGCAGCCGUCACACUCGCCAGUUCUCCGCCGGCAGUGCCAAAUUACUAGACGUCGCCCCAAGACGAGUGUCUACGGACCAAGGUGGUCCGAGCAAGUCGCCAACCCCCGAACCUCGGUCGACUGCGCAAUCACCAACCCUCGAAUGA